AUGGACGUGUUUAAAGAGAUCGAUACUAAUUUAAAAGACAAUAAAUGCAGUCAAGAAUCGGUUGGACCAGUCACUGUGGCUUCGUACAGGAGAAGACAUCAGCUUGCGGAGGAGGUGCCAGGACUCUACAUUCGGCGCCUCACGCUUGAGGACCCCAGGAGCGCGAGGGAACCCUCGAGUUCAAGGUCACAGUCUCCGGCACGCCAUAUCUGUCAUCCUACCACCGGUUACGUGCCCUCCUCCAGGAGAUCCUCGAGUUAUAGGUCGUGGCUGGAGAGGAUCCGGAAGGAGAGGCCACCUUUCCUGACGAUCGUCUCUCUGGAGCUUCCAGAGUCUUCGAUUCCUUUGAUCGAAUCACAGGCAAGUGCACGGACCAAGGUCGUCGAAACCAAGGACGAUAUUCUGGACGAACUCGUGGAUAAGGUCACGCCGAACGACGCAGGGACGAAGUCGGAGCUCGAAAGAAGGAAGAGAUCGUCGAGGAAGUCUCGACGCAGAAGAGGCAAAGAGUUCCUGGAAUGCACGAAAGGAGCUCCAACCCUCGAAGAAUGCACGAAGAACAUCGUCCAAGGUCCGAGCCGUGCACGAUUAUCGAAUCUCGAUCUCCAAGACGUCACCAAGUGCAUCUGUGCCGAGAUAUCCGGAAACGUUCGCGUCGAUAUCGACUCGGAGGUAGAGGCUGAUCACGAAUCGCGAUCCUCCAGCCCGGAAAUGACUCACACCAUACGGAUCGCGAUGAGGCAGCACGAUCGUACGGGCUGCAGGAUCGACGACGGCGUAGAAACGGAAGGAAACGGAAGAUCGAGGCCGGAAACGGGCCGGAGAAACGUCCAGACGAGGAAGGAGACAACCAAGGAGGACGAAGCUUGCAACGGUGUGAACGACGCCUUAGAUUUCACGUUGAAUUGCAGCAGCGUGCGACUGACGUGUCGUGACACGAGCCUCAGGACGGGGACACCCGGUGAAAAGCAACAGAGACCGGAAACGCGGAAUUAAUCUGCGCUGGUUUUGUCCGCGAAUCGUUCAAAUUUCAUGCCCAGACAAUGGAAGGUCGUUAAUUGUUCUCCUGAUUCAGAGAAAAAUAUUUCUGUUUCAAGCAAUGAAACAAUGUUGAAAAACUGUCGCUCCGGUGGAAAGUUAAUUGAGAAACAUCUGAUGCAACAGUAGUUUUCAUCUUGUAUUUAGACGAAUAGUUUCCAAUCGGUGUGAACAUUAUUUUAGUAUCAGGGAAUUUUUACUUUUGUA